GAAGGACGCAAAGAUCUGUACAAGCAUGUCAUGAUGGAGGAUCACCAGCCACCAGUUAGAUCCAAUAAGAGAGCAACGCCGGUGAGAUGCACUAGUCCUCUUCUUCCACAGGAUGAUUCAGAAGAACAUCAAAAUGUUCCGCAGUAUGAUCAGCUUUUGAACAAUAUUAAGGCUGUAGAGACAUAUGUGAGGAGUGAUGAUCAAGAGGACAUUCCUACAGAUAACCACCCAAGUGACUGUACCAGGAGCUCAGAGGAACAUCUGAUGUUGUCAGACUUUAAAACAAACAAUUCUGGUGUCACAGAAGAUACGCGUGAAGAGCAUGCCAUUAUCUCAGAUGUAUCCUCAGCCUUUCACAGCAAAGCUCUAUCAUCUUAUCCUUUGGAUGGGUUCCGAUCUUUUGAUUCAUCACAGACUGUUAAGCAAAGUGUUCAACAUCAAAGAACUGAAGGGGAGAAGGCUUUUUUAUGCUCAGAAUGUGGAAAACAUUUUAACCAUGAAUCACAUAUUGUUAUGUAUAAGAAAAUUUGCAAGGCAUAUCCAUGUUCAGAAUGUGGAAAGUCUUUUAAUCAUAAAUCACAUCUGGUUCAACAUCAUAAAAUUCACACAGGGGAGAAGCCAUAUUCAUGCUCAGAAUGUGGGAAAUGUUUUAACCAUAAAUCACGUCUUGCUAUACACGAGAGAACUCACACAGGGGAGAAGCCAUAUUCAUGUUCAGAAUGUGGAAAACGUUUUAGUGAAACAUCAGGUCUUCGUAGACAUAAGAGAAUCCACACAGGGGAGAAGCCAUAUACUUGUUUAGAAUGUUCCUACAACAUAGGAUCUGACUACACAGUAGUGAAGCAGACCUCUAGUGAGCAUGGUCAGGCCCCGGUAUCUGAAGGACGGGGAGGAAUCCUGAGCCCAAUAUCCAGGCCGACACCUCCCAUCCCGAUACAUGAGAAAGUCAACAUUGAGAAGAUCCUAGAGCUCACCAACAAGAUUAUUGAGCUGCUGACUGGAGAGCUUUUGAACAAUAUUAAGGCUGAAGAUACAUAUGUGAGGAGUGAUGAGCAGAUCAUAGAGGACAUUCCCCCAGAUAACCACCCAGAAGGCAGGAGCAUCACGGGGGUCCACGAUGCCAAACUGGCCAAGAGGGAGGGUUUACCCCGAGACCAGUGGACUGAUGUAAUCGUUCUGUUCCCGGCAUCAGGACUGCAACAGGUCUACUUUUAUUUACCGGACGAGAAAGCAGCAGAUUACAAGAACAUCAAGGGUGAGAUCCUGGCUCGACUGCGGGUGAAUGUGUUGGUCCGGGCCCAGCGGGUGUAUCAGUGA